AACUUCCUGAGCAAACAGUGACGAAAAAGGUUGAACGUUUCUUGAUGAACACACACACACACACACACACACACACACACACACACACACACACACACACACACACACACACACACACACACACACACACACACACACACACACACACACACACACAUGCACAAACACAUAAUCACUAUGUCAAGUGGGUGUUUUACAGCAGGGAGGGCAGCGUCUCGUCUUUAUUUGCUCAAAAGUCAGAACAGCAAACACUUUACAGUCUGGUCAUCUGAACAAGCAUCAUGCUCUGCUUCUUCCUCCUGGUUUGGUCGGCUGUCUGUCUUCAGAUUUAUUAUUUUCCAAGCGCAUUGUGCUCAGAGCUGCUGAGCCGCCACAGGAGGGUCUGGAUCAUCGACUCCUUCACCAUUGAGGAGGAGCAUAAAGGACCCUUUCCCUAUUUUUUGGGCAAGAUAAAACUCGAGCAGAACUAUGGAGUCUCCUUUGAUCUGUCUGGGCCGGGUGUGGAUGAGGAGCCAGAGGGAGUCCUGUCCAUUGAUAAGAAAUUGGGCAACGUGUUUGUCGACAAGCCUGUGGACUACGAGAAGCACAAAGUGCUUAAGGUGAUAAUGACGACAAGGAAGGCAGGUUCUAUUGACACUAAAUUAGGAAUUGAUAUUGUCAUACUGGACAUAAAUGACAACCCUCCACACUUUGAUAUCAAUCUGUAUGAGGUCGACGUCCCAGAGGAGAAAAAACAAGGCUCAGAUCUCCUGAGUAUUUCGGCCUAUGACCUGGACCAGAGCGGGACACCAAACUCAACAAUUGACUAUAAAAUCAAAUCUGUGUCUCCAUACAUUUCAGACACUGAAUUUUUCAUCAAUAAGUCUGGAACAAUCUCGUUCAAAGGAUGUUUGGAUCACGAGGCUAAAGGAGUUUAUAGACUGUUAGUGGAGGCCAAGGAUAAUGGUGAUGUCAUCAGUCUGUCCAGUUCAACCACUGUUCUCAUUCGUGUCCAGGACGGCAACAACCACCUCCCGACCAUCAGCGGACAAACAGGCUCUGGCAAAAUAAAGGAAGACGAGAUUGGGGUGUCUCCUCUGCUCCUGCAUGUGACGGACAGAGACAGCCCAAACAGCCCUGCAUGGAGAGCCAGGUUCAGCAUACAGGGUGACGAGAAAGAGAACUUUAAGAUCGAAACAGACCCACACACCAAUGACGGAGUGCUGACAGUAGUAAAACCUUUGCGCUAUAAGGAUGGAGCACAAAGGGUGCUUUUCAUCUCCGUGGAAAACGAGUCCCCAUAUUUCUCCUGCAAAGUGAAGGAGAGGACGUCUUCAGGCCUGUGGAAAGUUGACGUGACAAAAGCUGGUGAUCCCAAUUAUCCAGCUCUGCUUCAUUCUGUGAAAGUUGUGAUUGAAAUCGAGGAAAUCAACCACCCCCCGGUGUUCACUGAGACUGUCACAGAGACCAAGGUGGAGGAGAACAUUCCCACAGGAAUCUGGGUAGAGAAAGUGACAGCUGUAGACCCCGACUCCAGUCAUGCAGGAGAGUUUGUGUAUGAGGUAGGACAUGAUCCGGCUGGCUGGGUGACAGUGGAUCCCCACAAAGGAAACAUCACUACAGUCCAUUCACUAGACAGAGAAUCUCCUCAUGUUGUGGAUGGGGUCUACACUGUUUUACUACAUGCAGUGGAUAAGGGUGAUCCACCGAUGACAGGCACCGCAACACUUAACAUCUGUGUGAUAGAUCAAAAUGACAACGUGCCUCAGCUGACAGACGACAGGUUCAGCGUGUGUGCGUUUGAAGGCCCGACCACCACCGACAUCACAGCCUAUGACCUGGAUGGAUAUCCCUUUGGAGGGCCUUUCGCGUUUGAACUGCUGGGGGACGUCGAUGGAAAAUGGAACCUGAAUCCCUCCAAUGGGUACACGGCUGGUUUAGUAAAGGAUCCUGGUGUGUAUCCCGGUAACCACACAGUGGAUCUGAAGGUCUCGUCCUUGCAGGGAGAGUUCAGUGUUUACAGCCUCAAAGGGACUGUGUGCGACUGUUCUGUGACGCCUAAUUGCCGGAGCCGCCGAGACGCCUCCACAAACAUUGCCUUGGGUGCUUUAGGCAUAAUGUUUGCCUCACUGUUUUUAUUCCUGUUCCUUCUACUGAUGGCAGUUGUCAUUUCCUGCAAAAAAGAGUUCACCCCUGUGCAGACCGAGGAUUCCUCUGGAGAAACCCUCAUUGUUUCAAACAUUGAACAACCAGGAACAGACUGCAAGGUUGAAGACAGUGUCCUGCUGGUGUCCACUGAUAACAUGCGUCAGGACAUAGCUUACAGGCAAAGUCUGCACGGUGGAAUGCAAAACACACCGGUCUUCACUAAGACAACCUGGAAUUCUCUAAUAGCCAGUGGUUACAGCCGCAACCAACAGAUUGAAGCGAAAGGCACAACAAAUACCUUCCUCAAAAGAAACUCGAGCUUUGCGUCAGAUGCAGUUCUCCUCGCUCUGCUUCAUAGGAGGCUCUCCUCUCUCCAGCAGGCAGAAGAACAUGUGGACUAUCAGCCUCACCUCUAUGCUGAUGAGGGGGACUUGGACACGCUCUCAGAGCUGGAGGACAUCACCAUUCCUGACCAGGAUUCAUCUCACAAAGCUUUAAAUAACUUGGGACCAAAGUUCAACCACUUGGCUUCUAUUAGCAGGGAAUCAAACAGGAAAAAAUGACUACAUGUUUGUAACCAAAUGAUUGUUGUUAAGCUGGGAAUCAAUGUUUUCUGACUGUACAGGCUGUGGUUUUAAGGUUGCUUAAUAAAUUCUAUAAGGUUUGUCAUGAAGCAAAUUUUGGGAUUCUGUAUUUUUCCUAUACGAUUACUUACAGCUGAGAAAGUGAUGAAAGUGAUUCUGUUAUUCACACAUUAUUUAAUAGCAAAUGUUAGAGUCCUCCACAGUUCUCCUUUUACAAUCAGGGAACAAAACAAAGUACAGCUGUCCUCCAAAAAUCAUAUUUGGAGUUACAUUUAACCAUCAGGUAGACAAGAAUUGAAUUACAUUCAGCAACCAAACUAAAGUACAUGCCUAACGGGGCCUAUUCCAAAGACAAAUCAAACCACUACCAGUGAAUUAAUUUGCUUCCAGCUGCUAAAGUAAAGACAUUGCUCUCCCAAAUCAUAGAAUAAGUUCAAAUGUCCCUUAAUGCAAUUUUUUGUACAAAAAAAAAAAAAAAGAAUAUUUGCCUCAAGACCUUUAA